AUGGAGGCAAUGCAAGAAGCGGUGAACAUGCUAAACAGAGAGACCAGAAGCCACAAAAAACUGAAGGUGAAAGUGAAGGAGCAGAAGAGCGCCAAUGACGUUUAUCAGAGGCAGCUCGAGAGAUUUCGCAGAGAGAGGAAAAUCCUGCAGUUCAACGUGUCAGCUUUGGAGGGGAGCUGUGGCAAAUGCAACAAGGGGUGGAUUUUUUUCAACUCAUCCUGCUAUUACUUCUCUUACUCCAAUUCAUCUGCAAGCAGAAAGGACUGGAUGGACAGUCGAAACGACUGUAUCAAUCGAGGAGCGGAUCUGGUUGUGAUCGAUCACCAAAAAGAGCAGUCUUAUAUAAGUCAAAUCAUUGAAUCCCUGAGAACUUAUCAUUUUGAAGUAAACGGUCUGUGGAUCGGUGUCACUUAUAAAAAAACUGAGGGUACGUGGAUUUGGAUAAAUAAUGUCACAGAAGCAGAGCAAAGGUACUGGAUGCCCGGAGAACCCAACAACUCCCAGGGUCAGCAUUGUGGGGCGACAGUCUAUUCAUCAACUCAACCCUGGGAAACUCGAUUUGGUGACCACUGCGACUCACAUUUCCACUGGAUAUGUGAAAUGCUGCUGCACGACCCACUC